GUCGGGGGGGAGGGACUCUGUUAAUUAGAGAAGUGACAAGUUCCUUAUUUAUCAGUGAAGAGAGAGCAGAAUCAGCUUCAACCAUCAGAGCCUCGACAUGAACGUCUGCUACACUUUGAUCUGCUGCUUCUUCCUGUAUGACGUCAGCGCAGUGAUCCUCACCUACUUAGCUAAUGAAGGAGAAACCAUCAGAGUCAAAUAUCCCUUCCGUUCAUAUGGAAGCAGGAAGUUCUGUCGGGGACGAUGUGAAGCAGGAGAUGUUCUCAUUGAAACAGAAGAAAAUGAAGCGAGGAACGGACGAUACAGCAUCAAAUAUGAGAAACCAGGUGACGCUGAAGGAGAUCUGACAGUGACCAUCACACAUCUGAGCAAGUCUGACGCUGGAAUGUACCACUUUGGCCUCGGCAGUGAUUCUUCUUUGUAUCGGGAGUUUGGGAUCCUCGUCACUGAUGCUCGGCUGGACGGAAGCUCUGGAGUAAAACAGCUCUAUAAGAGAAGUGGAGGAAACGUCACUGUUCGAUGUGUCUUCAAUAACCCCAAAGGAAGUAAAUUCUUCUGCAGAGAAGAAUGUGGAGAGACCAAGAACGUUCUCAUCAAAACAAGUGGUGACGAAGAUCAAAGCGGCAGAUACAGCAUCAGGUAUUAUUCAAGAUCUGAAGGAGGAGGAGGAUUUCUGUUUUUGACCAUCACACAGCUCAUCAGCUCCGACUCAGGACGCUACAGAUGUUCUAUUGGUGAAGAAUCACACAGAGACUUUGAAGUCAUUGUCAGAGAUGUCUCCACAACAACAUCUCCCAGUUCCAGCUCCAGUUUCACACGUUCAUCAGCUUCACCUGAAACCACCAACCAGUCUGAGGACCAGACACCUGAGACCACCAACCAGUCUGAGGACCAGACACCUGAGACCACAGGAGCUGAUACGUUCUCCACCAAGAACUUGAUUCUGACUGUGAGACUGACGCUGGUCGUCCUGGUCGUCCUGUUAUCAGGGGCCGCACUGAUAUUCUGCAGAAACAGGACUAACAGACCCAGAGGUGAGGCCACAGAACCUCCGGUGGAGACGGAUCCUUCUUCUGUCCCUGAGCCCGACCCCGUGUACGAGGAUUUCAGAGACGAGGGCCGACCUCCUGCUGCUGUGGAAAUCUCUCCAGAUUAUUCUUACGUCAAGUACAACACAACACAACCAGUCACAGCCGGUGAUGACUACAGCUUUGUCACUGCUGCUACUUCUCAGCACAAUGCUGACGACAGCUCAGGUUGACUCACCUGCGAUCGGGGGGGGAUAAUUCCAACAGGGCUACAGGCUUUGCUAACAGCACCCCCCACCCCCUCCGAUGAGGAUGAUGUAGUCUACUCCGUCCUUCAGUAGAUGAUCUGUCACUUCAGCGUCUCCUCUCUCAUUGGCCGACAGGAAGUGUCGGCAUUUUAUAUUUGAGCUUGUCUGUGUGUGUGUGUCUGUGAAGAUGGCAUUAGAACUGAAAGUCUAAAGAAUAAAGCAGGAGGUUGGGGGCAGGAGCAGUUUGGGCCUUCACACAAAUGAUUUAUAAUAACCUUUGGUGCUUUGUGUUAAUCUUGAAGUUAGAUUGUGUGUGCGUCACAUCGCUGGUCAGUCUCACACCUGUCUUGAUAAAGGGUCUGAUGAGAGCCGCUGCCUGUUGUGGGAUAAAUCUGUGACAUACGAUACACUGUACAUUAACUUCUUCUCAUAUUUAACUUUUUAUAUUAAAGCAUAACUCCCUCAGAUUCAUUCAACAUCACACAGAGUUCAAGCAGCUGCCCCAGGUUCUGGGGGAAGAUAGAAAAGUGUUGUUCUGGUUUAGUUGUUUUGAAUGUUUACACAAAUAGAACAUACAGCCGAUAGAGCAGGAACACAAUAUUCUUUACUCCAAUGAACAACAACAUUGACCCACAAGGCGUCAGCCGAGUCAAGGCUAGUUUAUGAAACACAAAAUCCAACUGUCAUGGUGGGGAGAUUUGUCCUUCAACUAUCAGAGGAGCAGCGUGACUGGGAGUGGCUCCUUGUCACUUCCUGGUUCCAGAGCCAAGAGGCGUGGAUCUAAGCCUGUGCACCAACCAGGGAGAACCACAUUGAUUUGCGGUGACACCCCUUCAUUAUUUGGCCCAAUCAAAUUAUACCUAGUGUUAUAAAUAUAACAAUCAUCGUCUUUUCAGCGAGACUAUUGACCACCCCGUGCUUCUUGUUUAUCCGAGGCUGUGCAUGAGCGCUCAUAGCUAUGCUGUUAACUUUUCAUUGCUUCUUAAUAAAUCCUUGUUGAAUUAG